AUGGGGGACAUAGAAAAGGGUAAAAAAAUUUACCAGAGAUCUUGUGCCUCUUGUCAUACACUAGAGAAAGGAGGUAAACAUAAAAAUGGGCCCAAUUUGAAUGGACUUUUUGGGAGAAAAGCAGGACAAGCUGUUGGUUAUAAUUUCACUGAGGCCAACAAAAAUAUAGGUAUUACUUGGACGGAACAAACAUUGGAUGAAUAUCUCGAAGAUCCAAAGAAGUAUAUGCCAGGAACCAAGAUGGUUUUCAUGGUGUUGAAAAAGAAAAACGAGAGACAUGCUUUGGUAGCUUAUUUGAAAGUUGCUUGUUAAUAAUUAAGCAAUUUAUUUAAGGAUAUUCAUUACUUUCGUGAACCUAUUUAAAAGGAAAAACUAGACUAGACUAGAAAGUCGGGGCUUUCUGAUUUCUUUAGGUUUGUAACCACGUACUAUCUGACAA